AGAUUCUACAUUUUCGCAUCAUCUCCCUCAGAUAAACAUCUUCAUUUUCGGAGCAUGCGCAGUGCUCGUACGAUCAGCUGAUGCGAUGACCUGUGUGCUGUUUUCAUUUUCUGCCGCAUUGUGCACCGGAGCAGCGGAGUGCAUCUCUAUCGCGAAGUCGGCUGGAGUUUUGGACCGGUACUUGAUGCGGACAACAGGUUUUAAAAGGGGCAGCCACGGCCAUCACCGCGCCAAAGCUCUGGGAGGAAUAUUGAUCUAUUUGUGCUAAGCUAAACACGGUGGAGCCGACUUCGUCUCUUUACCGGUUUAUAUAAUGUUUCAUCGAGUAAAUCAGGGUAUUUCUUACUGCUGGUAGCGAGUAAAUUUGAUGGCCAUGUCAGCACAAUCAAAGGUCCUGGAAUAGUCAUUUAUCGAGUUGUUGUUCUUAUUCUGAGAUCGUAAAGAUGGUGAAACGAAAGAAGUCCGGGGAAGAUCCCAAAGAUUCUGCGAGGCAGAUCCCACUGCCUAUUCAAAUAUUCCUGUGGAGACAGACGAGCCCUUUUAUCCGGCCCAAGUUAACAAGAAUCUACGAAGCAAGCUGUGUGUCCUUUGAGCGUGUUCUGGUGGAGAACAAAGUGCAUGGCCUUUCACCAAGUCUCUCUGAUGCCAUCGCUAGUAUCUCAAGAUGGCAGCUCAUACAGGCUUCCCUUCCUCAUCUCAUGCACUGCUGCGCUGCUCUACUCACCAACCGAGCCAAGCUAGGGCAUGCAGACAAGCUAGGAGUGGGAGAAACCAAGCUCCUGUACACCUUGCACUGGAUUCUUCUUGACGCUCCAGAUGAGUGUGCACAGGCAACCGCUGCAGCUGAGGAUAACCAGUGUGACGCCAAAAACGAUGUAGCUCUUGAGCACCCUCUCACCACACUUCAGCUGUUUGUGUAUCUCUUUGCGCCGCUGGUCUACAGCAUCAAGGAAUCAGACUUGACUUUCAGGUUGGAGACUGGUCUGAAACUCUGGCGUGCCUUGUGGGAUCACAAACAACCUGAUAUACAGAGCAUGUCGGGUUUGGUGAAGCCAAGACGCAUCAUUAGGGUAGGAAGAAGGCAUAAUCCUAAGAAAGUGAGUCCUGUUAUGAACAAAGUGGCACCAAAAAUAGAGAAUAAGAUAGAUGAGGUUGAGGAAAAGAAGGAGGAAGUCAUUGAGGAAGUUAAAGAAGAGAAGAAGGAUGAGGAGAAGGAACCUGUGGAGGAGAAAAAGGAGGAAAAGCAGGAGGAGAGGCAACGUCGGAUUGUUCCCCUGGCAGACAUUUCAGAGGUGAGCCGACUAAGUACUCCUGCUGAUGUGCCUUCUGUUAGCUUGGAGAUAUUCUGUGAGAUGUGUAAUACUCCUGUCACUGGGAAUCAGGCUUGUAGCUGUGGGAAUCUCAAGGUAUCCUCAGGAUUCAAUUAUGCCCAACUACAAGAUGGUCUUCGUGCCAUGCAAAACAGAAAGGACUCAGAUCCCAAAGUUGCAAUGAAGAUUGCUCCCUUGUGCACUCCUGUAGAUUUUACCCCACCUCCUUCAAGGAAGUCACGUCCACAGUCUCUUGAAUUGUCAGGCAGUAACAGCAGCAGCAAAAUUGAGGAUGAAACUUACGAUGACCCUUCAAAAGGAGUGUUUCCUUCCCCUCCUUCUCCCCCACCUGAAAUGUUGAAACGUCGUUUUCCACAGAGACUAAAUGAUGUAUGCUCUGCAACGCUCUUUGACGUUGCUGUUCUCCGAUGUCUCUUCAGCCCUCACUGGUCAGAAGAUGGUAUCCACUGGGCUCUCACCUACAUCCUGACACGGUUACGGCAGAUAGCUGAUGAAACCAUAGCUGCAGAAAGGGUGCGACAGAGGAGCAAUUCCUCUCCGAUACCACAAAUCACUGUGUCGCUCUUCAACCCCGCUCCAGGUCCUCCGCCCAAGAAAUUCUCAGUACCAGCUGCAUACAUGGGAUCAUCCCAAGGAUACAGGGCUUCUGAAGUACGUCCAAGAGAAACUCAGACCUUCACAGGUUCACCAAAGAAGAUCAAGUUGGAGGACCAGUGCCCAUCUGCCCUUCCUCCCCAAAGGAGAAACAUUCUUGAGCGAAAGAGUUCCCUGGAAAGGAAAAAUAGCGGUGAAAGAAAGAAUCCCCAUGACAUGAUCCGUGCUGGAAAGUACAGAAAGGUCGCGCGGCCCUCUAAAGCAGGCUGCACUCUUGUGCCCAAAUUAAUCCAAGAAGAAAAUGAAGAAACAAAGGUGGACAAUCCCAGCAAUCUGGAGGAGACCACAGGCGAUACCAAACCUCUCAUUCCAUCCCCUGAAGAAGUAGUGAAGAAUUCAAGCUUUACCAUUCCCAGAAGAGAACCCCUUGAGUUCAAGAUUAAAGUCAUCCACCUGAAGACUCUUCCAUCACUGUUGAAGGUGGGAGAGCAUAAUCAGGACAAUUCUCCAAACUGCAAUUCAAAUGAAAAUGAAAUGACCGAUUCCUUGGUAAAGCCUCUACAAACUAACAUUGCAUUCACAGCUUCUGCUGCAACUCUGGACAUUACCAAACCCCUAGUACUUACUGCAAAGCAAACUUCAGGAAACUCUCCUACCAUGCUGACAGCCAGUUAUGAUAGACAACGAACUUCGGUCUUGCCACCACCAUCCUCAUCCCCAGGAAUCAACUCUCUACCAAAGCCUACCCUGAAAGCUCCUGUCUUGGUGUCGAAUCCGAGGUCCAAGGCGUCAGCUCUGCCUCGCUCUCCUUCUCCAAGGUUUGUAACAACAGUCACACCUGGCUCACCAUCCUCGUCUCCUUUACCACCAACCCCUGCUGGACAUGGAUCUGCCCCUGCAGUUCAUGCCAAGAGGAUGAUUAAAGAAGCAGGUGGCAUUCAAGACCGGAAACCCAUGCAGCUACACGGACCAAAUGCACAAAUCUUGCAAGUUCCAGACUGGAACAACGCCGACCUAGAACCACAAAUGGCCACCAUCAUAGAACCUCCAAAGAGAUUAUCAAAUGGAACAAUGAUUCAGUCAGACUGUGAAACCAAAACCCUACCAAAGUUGGCGAUUCCUCCUCUUCCGUUAUCACCAAGUGCGAAGCCACCUGCUCUACCAUUGACAGGGCCCCCUCCAAUCACUCCUCCUCCGUUUUCCUCCCCUCCAAAGCUCUCUCCGCCAAAGAGGGAGCAACCAAAGCUAGUCAAAGCAAUGGUUGUUCAGGAUGAACUGGAGGAUUUGAGCGACUGGGAGAUGCCAACAAUGCACAACAAUAACAAUCCUCACUCCAACCCUGAUUACCCACCGCCCUCGGACGAUGAUCAUGACAUGGAGGAACCAACAGAGACCUGUGCCUUGCUUGUGCCCCCAACAAGGGACACCAUUAAGAAUCCAUUCAAGCCUGCAGAAAACUGCUCAGCAUCUGGAAGCGAUUGUCCAGGGAGCCAGAAGACCACUCUGAACAUCCCUGCAUCCACGCUGCCCCGGAGCGCAUCAGAUACCUUUGUGAACUACACCACGCAAGAAGAGCAGGAAGUUGCUGAGGCACCUGGUUCCACAUACUAUAUCCAGGAAAAUGGGCACUUGAAUUUCUCUGUGAUAGUGAAGGCCCUGCACACAAUCGUCACCAAGGAGACCAGCGCUCGUGUGUGUGAUGUUGCGCUCAACAUCAUCGACACCCUCCUCGAGUUCAGCGUCAUCAAGAAAGGUGAAAGGCCAAGUCCUCAGCAGCCCAAGAUACCCGUGAUCAAGGUUAAGACAGGUGUAAAGGACGGAGAUGCUGAAGCAGCCGCCAAGGGAAUGGAAGACAUGACAGUCCACAACCUAGUCAUGCAGACCCUCAUCCAGGUCUUCAGGGCAUUUGGAUGUCAGAAUGGAUGUGGGGAAGGGGUCAGAGGUCAACAAGGUGACAGGCUACGUAAUCUUGGCCAUCACUGCCUGAAUCGUAUGUACAAGAUCGAUUCAUCCCAGUUCCGACGCUACCUUCGUUAUGUCAUCUCGGCUCAUCCCGUGGAGAAUAUUUUGGACUUUAUGCAUGCUCUCCUGGGUUUCUGCGAGGACACAUCACGGCCAUCAGUCAUCAGGCUGGGAGAGAGAGCAUCAUCAACCAACAACCCAGAAGGGAUGACCAGAGGUGGCUUUGCUACCAACUUUGGUAGUGGGGUAGCAGGAACCGGUGUUAGGGGUGUGGAAGGGACCAUCGUGGGCUGCAUCUUCAAGGCUUUGGUUUCCAGGCUGGCAUCCUCCAAAGAAGAGCUGGCUACUCCCGAAAAUGAGAAUCUCUAUAGCGAUGUCCGGCAGCUGCUUCAUUACGUCCGCGAGGCUCACGGAGGAGUGUUCAGACGUGUGGCAUUAAGUGGAUUGAUUGAUUCGGCAGGCAAGGGACAGAAAGACUUCAGUGAGAAAAACAAACUGCCCAAAACAGACAGCGAUGGCAACAUCUGCAAGCAGGACGGCGACAAGUCCAACCCGGCCUCGAUGAUCGGCAAAGACCAGGGCAUGGAGUCUGGCAACGUCAGUCCCGGCACGCGACUCCGACGAUCCCUGUUCGGCAAGAAAUACCCGCACAACGAAGCCACCUUGGAGGACGACAUGGGCGACGGGACCGGGAAGCGGCGCUUCAGUGUCUUCCAGUUCGGCAACUCACAUGGUGUUAGAACACGAGCUUACACCAAAGGUAAUGUUAUAUCUUAAAACUCUCCAACAACUCUCCUAUUAAAACAUUUCUGACUCCUGUUUUUUUCUUCUCAGUUUGAGCAAGAAUUUCUAAUUGUGGUGCCUUUAUCGAUCCUCUAAUCGACCUUUGACCUUUGGCGUGGUUUUUACUCGGAAUGACUUCUCUGCGUAAUAACACAAUUUUGAUAUUCCUUGGAGUCUGUCUGCCUCCCUCUAGUGACACUAUUCUCAGUUUGCUUUUCCGAUCUGAUCCUUCGAUUCUGGCAUUUAUGUUUGCUCUUUAAUUCUUCAGUUGAAUUCUCACAAUUACUCAUACAAGUUUCCAUUCAAAGUGUGCUUUUGUUUUUGUUUAUUUUCCUUCAUCUUUUCUUUGCAUAAUUAAUAACUCGAGCAUGGGUUUUGUACUUAUUGGAGUAUUCACACUGUUUUCCACCAUUAUUAAUCUGUUCAACUAAUAGGUUUCAUUUCAUUGGUUUUUAAGUCUUUGUGCACUUGGAAGUUGUUUUCUUUUUUAUUCUAACCUCACUUAUCGUACAAACUAUGAAUCAUGUCUCACAAUAUUCAAAUCUUGUUUAACCCUUUCGCGACAAUCAUUCAACAAUUCGUGGUUUGGCGCAAUAAAUUCAGAUCUCUGACAAAUUUGCCAGUUGCAUGAGUGAAAAGGGCGAAAACUGUUGCCAUACUAUAUCCAGUUUUAUUUAGUGACUAUGUUGCGUUUGAUACCUGGAAUUUUUUUAAAGGAAAAUAUCUUUAUAAUCUUUAAAUUGGCCACACGUUAAAAGAUUCAAGAUAACUUGUUUACCAUAAAAAAUUGUGCAUUUUAAACAAAAUUUUGACAACA